CGGAACCGUCUGAUCUGCAGCUGCAGUUAGCAGCAGCUAACAGCUAACACCCGAAGUCCUGAGCAGACAGACAGACAGACAGAUGAGCCCCGGAGCCCCUCAUCUGGAGAGGGUCUGUUAUUGUGUCGGUAAUAAAACAACAGCAGGAGAGAAACCGGAUCCACAGACGAGUUCAUCAGAGAAACAGACGGAGAGCAGCCGUUAGCCUUUAGCCGUUAGCCGCUCCAGGUGUUCUCCACCAUCACCGUCAUCUACCCGCCCGACAGUCAGCCAGGUUCAUCACCGACAGGCUGUAACAAGAGGACAGGGUCCCCGUGUGUCCGUGGAUGGAAGUGUGGAGCUCUGCGAUGGGACCGGAGAGAGUCUUACCGAGCUCCGAGGACGAGCUGGGAGAGGACGAGCGUCCUGCAGACGGACCUCUUUUGCCAGUGGGAGCUGUGUGGAGCGGGGGGGAGGGAGGGGGAGAGGAGGAGGGUGAAAUGGAGCUGGAUGGAGAUGAGGAGGAGGAGGAGGAGGAGGUGAACAGUGGGGGGUAUCAUUACCAGCCUCUGAACCAGGAUCCGGACGGUCUGAACAACAGCGAGCAGCCGGAGGAGGAGGAGGAGGAGAGGGGGGAGGAGCAGGAGGAGACGCUCUCCCACGCGGAGCAGCUGCAGCAGGUGCAGCACAGAAUAGAGGUGAUGGGCCUCCACCUUCCUGAAGCUCCUCCGCCCGACAGUGAUGAGGAGGAGGAGGACCCUGAGGGGGCGGCGGCACUGAGGAGCCGAGCCUCCAUCCCCAUGGAUGCAGACCACGUGGAGCUGGUGAAGAGGACGAUGGCCGCUGUGGCGUUACCGUCUCUUGGUGUGCCGGCGUGGGCCCAAGAGAUCUCUGACGACCAGUGGAAGGACAUGGUCCAGCACACACUGCAGAGCCGACAGAGCGCUGGUGCCCUGCGCCUUGGCCGCAAGAGCAACAUUAGUGGGCCCUGAACGCAGCACGGCCACUUCAGGGAGACUGACACGGGGUCGGGAAAUGACAGGAUGAAGGUGGCUUUAAAAGUGUUGAGAGAACACCUGAGAGUCUGAACCAGUUUUUCAUUUAGUCCUUAAGUUUAAGAUUCAGUCUGAAAGUGAAAGAAGCUGCUGAACGUUUUCCAUCAGAUUCUUUCCUGAAGCUUGAACACACCUUAGUUUGACGAGUCGGGAUCAGACUCUGGGGGCGUGGUCUCCGACUGCGACGCGUCCUCUGUGCUCUCAGUGUUUUUACACAGUAAACCACUAAAGGAUUCGUUGUUCUGGUUUUUGGUUCUUCUUCAGUGGUGAAACUUUUCUGUUGUGUUCAUAAAAAACAACCUGCAGGUUAAUUUGGUCUGUGAAAGUGCUGAAGAACAAACAUCCAGUUUGCUUUUCACUGUAAAAUGUUUAAGAUUCUAUUUUGGAUAAAGUCACAUUCCACCCAAAAGCCUUUCACUGAAAUGUUCCUCUGGUUUUUAAUGAUUUCUUUUCCUCAGUAGUUUGAUUGUACAGGAAUUUAUCUGUGUGUGUGUACAGUGUAUGAAUCUAACCAGUGUGUUGGUGUAACACACACUCUGAUACUCAAACAUGUCCACUUUAUUUUUUAUUUUGUUCUGUACAUACAUGAAUAUCUGUACAAAAUCAGACUUUCAUACUAUGUAAUGCUCUAUGUAAUUAAAGUACAUCGUAUGUACAGGA